AUGGAUCCAGCCAGGGUUGGAGCCCAGGGGCCUCGGCCCAACAUGGCCAGUGUCCGGGUGCAGGAGCUGAGCUGGCCGGGCCUGCACAACCCCUGCCCGCAGAGCAAGGGCACGGGUAGCCAGGGGGGUGGCCGCGGCGAGCGGCUGAUGGAGGAGUACCUGUCCCCCGCCAGACUGCAGGCCCUGGCCCAGGUGGACGACUUGCGCAUGGUCAGUGUGCUGGAGAUGUGUGUGGACACCCGCAAGAACAGCCUGGGGAACUUCGGAGUGCACCUGCCCAACCUGAGCCAACUGAAGUUGAACAACAGCCGCCUGGCCUCCGUGAGAGACCUGGGCACAUCUCUGGGCCACCUGCAGGUGCUCUGGCUGGCUCGCUGCGGCCUGCCUGACCUGGACGGCAUUGGCUCCUUCCCAGCCCUGAAGGAACUCUAUGUGUCCUACAACAAUGUCUCAGACCUGAGCCCACUGUGCCUGCUCGAGCAGCUGGAGGUGCUGGACCUGGAGGGCAACAGCGUGGAGGAUCUGGGACAGGUGCGCUACCUGCAGCUGUGCCCGUGGCUGACCACGCUUACCCUGGAGGGCAACCCGGUGUGCCUGCGGCCGGGCCCUGGCCCCUCCAACAAGGUGCCCCAGGGCUACAACUUCCGGGCAGAGGUGCGGCAGCUAAUCCCCCAGCUGCAGGUCCUGGAUGAGGCCCCGGCUGCACAGACGGGACUGCCAGCCGCCCGGACACUAACCCAGGACUGGCUCAUGGUGAAGGAGGUCAUCAGGGAGGGCAGCGUCCUAGACGGCCUGCUGCCCGGGCUGGAUCAACCUCAGGGAGCCCCCGUGCGGCUACUAGGCCCCAAGCUGUCCCUGCCAGAGGCCCAGCCCCGGACCCCCAGCCCCUGGCCCCUCUCCUUAUUGGUUCCUGGGGGCCCCCUGACAGAAGAUCUGCUCCCCGAGGACCCAGCCUCAGAAGAUGAUGCCAGCAACCUCACCCACGGCGCCGGCCAUGUCCUCUGUGGGAACCCCACCAAAGGCCUGAGGGAGCGAAGACACCAGAGCCAGGCCUGGGCACCCCUGGAGCAGCUACGCCGACACAGGCCGGCUGAUCUCUCUGCCAGCCCCUCUGCCCCAGGCCCGGACCCUGGAGACAGCCCUGACCUGGCCUUGGCCGAGCUCCGUACCUGGAGAGAGCUGUGCCUCCGGUGGGUGCCCCUCUCCUGCCAAGCCCUGAGGAUGGCUGAAGGAGCCUGA